AUGGCCGACGCCGGUGCCUCCGUCCCCGAUGCUGUCCCCGGGCACAAGUACCAGUUCAACGUGAGCAUGUCGUGCGGCGGCUGCUCAGGCGCCGUCGAGCGCGUGCUCAAGAAGCUGGAGGGCGUUCAGAAGUACGAGGUCUCGCUUGAGACACAGACGGCCACCGUCUUUGCCGACGAGUCGCUGCCCUACGAGAAGGUGCUGCGCACCAUCGCCAAGACGGGCAAGAAGGUCAACAGCGGCGAGGCGGACGGUGUCGCGCAAAGUGUCGAUGUGCCGGCUGAGUAA